AGAACCGUUGGUCAGCUUAUUCAACACUUAUGAAGUUUAACUCUGGUUUUGGAUAUGACAACAAUACCAAAAAGUUCACGGCUCCAGAUGAAGUAUGGGAUGAGUACUGCCAGGCUCACCCAAAAGAUGCAUACUUGCGCCAUGGGAAUUGUCCGGAUUAUUAUGACUUGGGAAUUGCUGUUGGAAAUAGUGUGGCUGUAGAAAAUAACUCAAUUGGAUUGGGUAGUGCUACUGAUGCUAGAACAUUAGGAGUUGAUGAAAAUAGAGCUCUGCACAUAGAAGACUUGAAUUAUGAUGCUGAAAAUGAGGCGUUUGUAGGACUAGCUCAAGAUGAUCCAGCAUCAUCUGGAUCCAAAUCACCUUUGGUAUUCCCUGAAGUGCCUGAGGUCUCCACUCAGAGAAAAGCUGCUGCCAAAAGAACUAGAGCUCAGUUUGACAUAAAUUCUGGUCUUACUGAAAAUAGUUCGCAUCAUGAUUUCAUGUCAGAAGUUAAAAAAAUAACUAACACUUUUGAUGGAGUUCAUAGUCUCUUAGAGAAACCAGAAACUAUGCUAGAGAAAAGACAAAGAGAAAGAUCUUAUACAACUUGGGAUGCUAUCAAAGAAAUCUCAGAUUUGGAUGACGACGUUCGCAUGAAAGCAUAUGACUUGCUUGAUACCAAGACAAAGAAAGAUAGAUUUUUAAAAAUGACUGUUGCGGAACGAUCAAGUUGGAUAGCUUUCAAGAUUAAAGAUUAG